AUGAAACCAUUCUACCUGUUGGCACUGCAGGCACUUUUAGUGGUUGCCAAGGAGGUCGCAUCGCCUCUGACCUCUCUUGAUGUCCACACUCUGGCUGAUAACUCCAAGGAGGGCAAGUUCUCUGCCCAGUGGAUCUGGGACUUGGACUUUGAGCUCAAUCCUACUGCUGACGAUAUCCAGUCUGGCGACUACUUCACUUUUACUGUUGACAACCGGGCUAGUGUUCCGUCCCAUGACUUCACAGUCAAGGACCAGAACGGAAACGACAUCAUGCAAAUCAAGAAUUCUGGAAACACUUUUACUGCCACCUACACUGACUCAGUUCAGGGAAAGACUGACCUUUCUGGAGACAUUUCUUUCGAGGCUCCGUUCGACAAGUCCAAGCUUGGCGAGACGGCUGAGACCAUCAUUGUUACUGUCGAGUCUGGCUCGCAGACUCUCUCUGAUACUAUUACCAUCGAUCCCAGCAUAGAGGUUUCCGAGGCCCAUGUAUUUGGACAGCGAAAGGACGACAUGUUUGCAUGGACUGUCAGAUUUCCCCAGACCCCUUGGGACCGAAUUCAGUUCACAGUUACAAUUCCUGAUGGAAACUCCGCCUUCAAGAGCGUCAAGGAUAUCAAGGAUAACAUGGUGCUGGAGCUGCUUCACGACGUUGAUGAGUUUGGAAAUCCUUCUGGUGUGACCCCCAUCAACCCCUAUGAAAACAGUGACUACACCUCUGUUACCAAGGCGGAUCCUACUUCAUUCACUGGUCGACUUUUCAACCUCCCCAAAAACCAUCCACAGGGCGAGUACAACGUAGACAUGUCCUUUGUUUCUCAUAUCGAGAAAAUUGCUGAGGUUUACCAUCUGGAAGUUGAAUGGACACUGUGGUACCAUGCUAACCCCAACGAAGAUACUCGAUGGACAACCCCCGGGGACAGAACCGGUACUGCUGCCGGAGCUGCCGCCUACAUUUGUGACGCCUGCCCACCCGAGGGCGGAGGAUCUGCUUCUGUAACCGAGUCGAUUCCCUCUUCUACUGAACCCAUCACUACCCCCGAGGAGCAGAUCACUCCUUCUUCUACAGAGCCUUCGACCACUGAAGAUCCAACAACAACUCCUGAGUCGUCCACGAUUCCCUCUACCUCUGAGGAGCCCACCAGCACCCCUGAGUCCACCAUUGAGCCUUCUUCCACUCCUGAGACUACAGAGCCUUCCUCAACUGAGUCCUCUUCUACUCCUGUGACUACAGAGCCUUCCUCUACUGAGCCUUCCUCUACUGAGCCCUCUUCCACUCCUGAGUCAACUACAGCUCCUUCAACCACCGACGAUGUCACCACCACUGACGAUGUCACCACCAAACCUGAGUCCACCACUGAGAAACCAACUACUGAUCUCUCUUCUUCUCCUGUGACUACAGAGCCUUCCUCUACUGAGUCCUCUCCCAUUCCUGAGACAACAGAGCCUUCCACCACCCUCGAUGUCACCACCACAAAUGAGUCCACCACCCCUAAGUCUACCACUGAGAAACCAACUACUGAUCCCUCUUCUUCUCCUGAGACGACAGAGCCUUCCUCUACUGAGCCCUCUUCCACUCCUGAGACUACAGAGCCAUCCUCCACUGAGCCCUCUUCUCCUGAGACAACAGAGCCUUCCUCUACUGAGCCCUCUUCUACUCCCGAGCCCACCACUGAGCAGCUGACAACUGAGCCCUCAACCACCGAGACAACCACAACUCCUGAGAAACAAACCACUCCACCCUCUUCUACCCCUCAGACAACAGACCCUUGUGCGACCACCUCGGUUAUUACCUCCACUCCUCCCGUUGGACCUCCCAUCACCACUACUGUCACCACAAAUACUUGUUCUUCGUCUGUCCCUGAGACUUCGAUCCCAAUCACUUCAGAGACUUUCACGACAGAGACUCCUUCGACCUCUGAGCCCAUCACCACUGAUACAGUCACUUCUACUGACCCCUGCGAGUCUGUCACUACAAUUGUGAGCACACCUCCCUCAGGAGAGCCUUCCACUUACACCAUCACCACUGACAUUUGCACUUCCAAGCCUGUGACUCCCAUGACCUCUGUGCCGCAGACUGAGCUCCCCCAGACUUCCGAUCCCAUUUCGGAGCCUUCCACGCUCAGCACAACUCCUGGACCUAGUUCCACUGUGUGUGUGACCACUUUGACCACCACUGAUCCUGAUGGAAACCCUUCUACCACCACAGUGACCACAGAUUACUGUCCUCAUGGCCCUACAACUUACACUACAACUGUGACUGUAUGUGAGGAAGAAUGCACCACUAUCCCUAUCACUCUCACCACCCACGUGCCUCCCAAUCCCUCGUCCACCACAGUCAUCACCACCAUCUCUUCCAAGACCAUCACUCUGACUGUUCCUUGUGACCCUGAAGAGACCCCUCAGCCUCAGAAGUCUACACCUACACCUGAGAUCCCUCAGAUAACUACUCCUACAUCCGAGAUCCCUGAGAAGUCCAGUCCUGUACCCGAGGUUCCUGGCAAGCCUACACUGACCAGACCUCUCUUCCCUGUCUACCCUAUCAUCACCAUUCCCGUGAUCAAGACCGAGACCGUUACUAUUUGCGAGGAGGAAGUGUGUAAGACUGUGGUGACUACCACUACCGUUUGUGAAGACUGCACUACUCCUGAGGUUCCUGGGCCCAAACCCACUCCUGAGGUUCCUGAGCCCAAGCCCACUCCUGAGGUUCCUGGGCCCAAGCCCACUCCUGAAGUUCCUGAGCCCAAACCCAUUCCUGAGGUUCCUGUGAUCCCUGCCGAGCCUGUCGAACCCACUCCUGAGCAGCCCAAGCCUACCCCUGAGGUUCCAGCGAUCCCUGUGCAGCCCACUCCUGAGCAACCAGAGGUUCCUGUUGCUACCGAGGAUCCCGAGGAGCCCAAGGAGCCCCAGACCCCUAAUGAACCUGUUCCUGAGGUCCCUGUGGAGAACAUUCCUGAGGUUCCCUCUAGACCUGAGGUUCCUGAGUUUCCUUCAGAGCCUGUCAAACCUAUUGAAUCUGUUGUGCCCACCCCUGAGGUUCCCCAGCAGCCUGUUGAGUCUGCUCCUCAACAUACACCCGAGCAGGCCAACUCUGCUUCUUCAACCAGGUUCUCCAUUGCCCUUUUCAUGGUCCCCUUUGUCGCUCUCGUUGUCUAG